UCCCGACUCAUGACGUAAGCUGUGCCUGUGCAUGCGCAGGGCGGGGAGACCUUGGCGAGGCGGCGGAGGAGCUUAGCGGACGGGAAAGCAUUGGCCGAACGAAAGUUGAGCGGCAAGAUGCAGAGCUGGAGUCGUGUGUACUGCUCUUUGGCCAAGAGAGGCCAUUUCAGUCGAAUAUCUCAUGGCUUACAGGGAGUUUCUGCAGUGCCUCUGAGAACUUAUGCAGAUCAACCAAUCGAUGCUGAUGUAACAGUGAUAGGUUCUGGUCCUGGAGGAUAUGUUGCUGCUAUCAAAGCUGCCCAGCUGGGCUUCAAGACAGUCUGCGUUGAGAAAAAUGAAACACUUGGGGGAACGUGCUUGAAUGUUGGUUGCAUUCCUUCUAAGGCUUUAUUAAAUAACUCUCAUUAUUACCAUAUGGCCCAUGGAAAAGAUUUUGCAUCUAGGGGAAUUGAAAUGUCUGAAGUUCGCUUGAAUUUGGAGAAGAUGAUGGAGCAGAAGAGUACAGCAGUAAAAGCUUUAACUGGUGGAAUUGCCCACUUAUUCAAACAGAAUAAGGUUGUCCACGUAAAUGGUUAUGGAAAGAUAACUGGCAAAAAUCAGGUCACUGCUACGAAAGCUGACGGCAGCACUCAAGUUAUUGAUACAAAGAACAUUCUUAUAGCUACAGGCUCAGAAGUUACUCCUUUUCCUGGAAUCACGAUUGAUGAAGAUACAAUAGUGUCAUCUACAGGUGCUUUAUCCUUAAAAAAAGUUCCAGAAAAGAUGGUUGUCAUUGGUGCAGGAGUAAUAGGUGUAGAGUUGGGUUCAGUUUGGCAAAGACUUGGUGCAGAUGUGACAGCAGUUGAGUUUUUAGGUCAUGUUGGUGGAGUUGGAAUUGAUAUGGAGAUAUCUAAGAACUUUCAACGCAUCCUUCAAAAACAAGGAUUUAAAUUUAAAUUGAAUACAAAAGUUACUGGUGCUACCAAGAAGUCAGAUGGAAAAAUUGAUGUUUCUGUUGAAGGUGCUUCUGGUGGGAAAGCCGAAGUUAUCACGUGUGAUGUACUCUUGGUUUGUAUUGGACGACGACCCUUUACUCAGAACUUGGGACUGGAAGAGCUUGGAAUCGAAUUAGAUCCUAGAGGUAGAAUUCCAGUCAAUACCAGAUUCCAGACUAAAAUUCCAAAUAUCUACGCGAUCGGUGACGUGGUUGCCGGUCCAAUGCUGGCUCAUAAAGCAGAGGACGAAGGCAUUAUCUGUGUUGAAGGAAUGGCCGGGGGCGCUGUGCACAUUGACUACAACUGUGUACCGUCCGUGAUCUACACACACCCGGAAGUUGCUUGGGUCGGCAAAUCAGAAGAGCAGUUGAAAGAAGAGGGUAUUGAGUACAAGGUUGGGAAAUUCCCCUUUGCUGCUAACAGCAGAGCUAAGACAAAUGCGGACACAGAUGGCAUGGUGAAGAUUCUGGGACAGAAAUCAACAGACAGGGUGUUGGGAGCACAUAUUCUAGGACCAGGUGCUGGUGAAAUGGUGAAUGAAGCCGCUCUCGCGCUGGAGUACGGAGCAUCCUGUGAAGAUAUAGCCAGAGUCUGCCAUGCGCAUCCGACCUUAUCAGAAGCUUUUAGAGAAGCAAACCUGGCUGCAUCAUUCGGCAAAUCAAUCAACUUUUAAAUUAGAAGAUUAUAUUUUUCUGAAAUUUCCUGGGAGCUUUUGUGGAGGUCACAUUUCUGAACAGGAAAUGCUCACAGCUCCAAGAAUUUCUAGGACUGAAUUAUGAAACUUUUGGAAGGUUUUAAUAGGUUCGGACAGAAUGGAAUAAUCUCGUCUAUUUUAAAUAAAUUUAAUACUUUGUUUCAGUGCAUUAAUAUUGCAGAAAAAAGCUACUUUUAUAGUAGCAUCCAGGAAAAUUUUUCAUGCAGUUUCUGAAAGAUUCGACUUCACUAAAUUUAUGUUUCUUAGCUUUUAUCUCUGCUAUUGUAAAGUUGAUUUACUUACAUGGAUGGAGCUGGCGUAGGUAUGUGAGCCAGCUGUGUUUGAAGCAAGGUGAUCAAGUUAUUUUAAACUUGGUUUUCAUAUUGGAAACAGUCAUUAGAAUUAAGAUUAAAAUAUGUAUAAACCAAACUGAUGUAAAUACAACGAUGAUCUCUCACUUAUUUAAUCCCCAAAUUCUUGCAGUUUAGAGGUAGAAUUUAUGUUUAAAUUUUUAAGGACCCAUUGAGGUCUACAGUUAACCAAAUUAAGGAGGUGUAUCUGUGAAAUUCAAAUAUUAAAUGAAGAUGUAAAUGUAUUACAGCGGGGAAUGAAAAUACAGAAAUAAACAGUCCUAAAUAUUCAUGUA